UUGAUUUGGUGCGAGAGAGAGAGAGAGAGAGAGAGUAAAUUAGGGUUUAGCCUAUGAGAAGAGGAACGAAGAUCUGAGAAGGCGAUAAGAUCAGAAUCACUGAGAAUGAGAUCGGAACCGUCGCCGAUCUCUGAAACAGACGCCACCGACGAUAUGCACGAAGCAUUGUUCGCGAAGAGAGGUUGUUGUUUCCUUAUGCCAUGCCUCGCCUCAUCUCAGCCGUCGAAUCACGGCGGAUCUGUGUGGUGGUCACGGAUCAGAGCCGUGGAGCCUGAUCAACGGUGGUGGAUUCGAGGGUGGCGGAAGAUGAGAGAGUGGUCGGAGCUAGUCGCUGGUCCUAGGUGGAAGACUUUUAUCCGACGAUUCGGACGAAACCACUGCUGCGGCUGCGGCGGCGGCGGAGGAGGUGGAAACAGUAACCGGUCGUCGGAUCACUGUAAAUUCCGGUACGAUCCGUUGAGCUACUCGUUGAAUUUCGAUGACGGGAAACUAACCGGACAUUUUGACGACGAGUUUCCGUACCGGGAUUACUCGAUGAGGUUCGCCGCGCCUUCAUUGCCGGUUUCUACUAAAUGCUCUAUCGAUUUUGAUAGCGAGAGGGACGCGCCGCCGUUUCAUAAGUGAAUGUCACGCGCCUUGGAGUUUUGUAGUUCACUAGUCAGUCUCUACGUGGGCCGAAUCAAGGACUAGUUGUUUCAGUGGACAUAUAAUAAAAAAGAUCGAUAUCAAAUAAAAAAAUAUUAUAUGUAUUUAUUUAUUUAUAAUUGUCAUUAUGCAUUAGUCAUGUAUUUAAAAUAAAAUAUAAGUUUAGAAAAGAUAAUUACCAAGGAAAA